AUGCGCCCCUGUGAAGCACAAGGUCUCGCCUGUUACGUCUGCACCUCCGUGAACGGCAGCUACCCGGACUGUGAGGACCCCGUGAAGGGCAGCAUACCUUUUGAGGCGCCCUGUCGCCAAGGCAGACCGGGCUAUGAGGGUCUCUCCUACGCAAGGUACUGCGUGAAAAUCAAGGGUGAACGCGUAUCUGAUGGCCAGACCAUCUACAUUCGACGCUGUUCCAUGGACAAACUGGCUGAUGUACCGACGCACUGUGGACAAUUUCGGCUUUCCGACGACCUCUACCAAGGAUGUAUAGCCACAUGCACUCAAAAUUGGUGCAAUGUGGGCUCCCGUUACACUAUAGACUUAGGACUGACUACUUUUGUACUGCUUUUAUUGUCUCCGCUAACAUGA